UUUUCUGCGAUAAUACAGUUCGGGGAAAUUUGCCGGGCCGCUUUCUGUUAAAAAUAUCCCAAAUAUAACCUCGCUCACAAACCAAAAUUUUCUGCUUAUAAGGACAUUUCCAAAGUUUUGGAUCGUAUGAAAAUUACGCAUUGAGAGUGGUGUGCUUCAUUUUUUGGCAUGGAGAGUUCUUCAAUGAAAACAACCAAGGAGCCCCGUGAUGAUAUCCUUCGGGAUUCCAAGCUUUUGGAGCAGGUAGAAAAGUCAUUCGGCAUUACCGGGUCACUCGAAGAAAAGUAUCAGUUCUUAAUUAAAAAAGUCAUGGAAUUGGACAAGGACAACAAAAAAUCAAAUUCAGCACUGAAAUUGCACGAGAAGCGAUAUGAAGCUCUUCUGCGUGAAAAGGACAUUCUUCAGAAGGAGCACAAUAAAAAUGUUCUCAUGAGAACAAAGUUGGAGCAGGUUUGCCGGGAGCAACAGAAACUACUGAAGUCUGUUCAAAAUGAAAGCAUGAAACACAAGGAAACGCAAGCGAAAUUUCAACACUCGAUCAAUGAAAUCAGUUUGACUCUGAAUAAGAACAAUGAAGAGAACAUAAAGCUGAAGGAAGACAACAUCGAAAUGACAAAAAAAUUGAAAUAUCUGGCGGAGCAGUAUCAGAUUCGUGAGAAACAACUUGAAAAAAUCAACGAACAAGUACAGUUAGAGAAUCAAUUGCAUGAAGCUAAACUUGCCAAGGUUCAAAUGGAAGCCACCAUGGAAAAAGAGAUUUUGUUAAGAGAGAAGCAAGGAGCACUGGACGAUUUAUUAAAGAGCAAAAAGUCCCUCCAAGAAAUGCAAAAACGUGAAGAGCUGCUGAAGGAACAACUUAGUCUUUAUACCAGCAAAUACGAUGACUUCCAAAAUUCUUUACAGAAGAGCAAUGACAUUUUCACUACAUAUAAAGCAGAACUCGAGAAGAUGGUGAAGAAAACGAAGAAAUUAGAGAAGGAAUCAACAGAGUGGAAACGGAAGUGUGAAAAGAGCACGGCUAGCCUGCUGGAUUUGGCAACAGAGAAACAAGUGAAGGACGAAUAUAUUGCGAAAACUAAUAGGCAAAUGCAACAACUACAGAAGUUGCUUCGAACACUACAAGCUGAACGUACAACAUUACACAAAACUCUCAAGGACAACAAUAUCGAUAUACCACCAAUGCCAGUUCUACCGCCUGAACCAGAACCUGUUCCACAGUUGCCACCGACUAAGCAACAGCCAGAUAAAAUAGAAACAAUGGCUAAAAGUUGCGCUGAACUGAAACAGUCCCUGGCACUGCUACAAGAUCAAAUGAGUGCCUUAACCACCAAGCAAGCACCAGCAUCCGAACAGGAAGUAAGCGAAACCUCUUCGCGAAGUAAAAACAAGAAAAGCAAAGCGCGAAACAAAGCUUGUCCAGUCAAAGACAGAAACCUUGGAAACACCGAACUAAAAGGUAAAAAGGUUAGGAAUGAUGAAGAUCGCAUUUCAAAAUCAGAAACGGAAAACGGCACAAGAGAUCAAAGUGCUGAUUCCGAAGUGAAAAGCGUUGAUAGCGUUCCAAUAAAUCCAGAUACCACUGAAUCUCCAGAUGCCAGUGAAGAACUAAAGGAUGCUGACAACGAAUUGCAGGAGUCUGACGAUAAGUCAAUACCUCCGCUUCAGGAUGGAUCAUCUAUUUCAAUUACGGAAAACUGUACAACUGUCCCGACGUCGCCACUCACAGCUAAUACGGAAGAACCUCUUCCGGAGGAGUUGAAGAGUGAAGACAAUGCAGUUCAAGUGAAUGAAGUCAAUUCCCCUAAAGACGUGCAAAACAGUUCAUUGGUCGAUGAAAAUAAGAAUAUCUAACCUUAAUCGUGUUAUAUUUCAAAUAGUGGCAAAAUCUGUAUUUCGUAUUUUGUAAUAAAAUUUGGAAAUAUGGCA